AUGACUGUCACGGCGCUUUUUUGCUUCUCUGCUCUCCAGGGAAGGGACACGGGCUGUUGCUCCAUCCCUUGACUUUAACCACCGAGUUGGGAACGCUUCGCUCUGCUUCGUUUCAUCAGCCCGCACACUUAAGUAUUCAAGGUCACUUUCUUCUGGCAUGUCAUAUUUGUGGAAUUGCUGGUGUACUGAAGAUUCCUUAUGGGUGAUAAUAUUACAUUUUAAAAGAUCAAAUUUCAAGUAACGGGACACCAAUCCAGCAGCAGACUCAUGUGAGCAUGCCAGGUUUUGCCUGAUGGAAUUGCUCAGACUUCCAGUGCUCUAAAAGGGAGAGAAGAUUUGGAUUCUUCACAGUCAGCACUGAGAGACUGCCCAUUCACUGUUCUUGCACCGUUCCUCAUGUGCAGAUUUGUUGCCCAAGACAAAAUCUGAAGCGACAGACAAUUCACAAAGCUGCUCCGUCACCCCAAGUUUUGGAAAGCAUCACCCUUUUGUUACGUCCUCUGUUCAAUUUAAAAACAAAAAUGCAGUUACCAUGACAACUCUUGCCCACACUGGAAAUCCGUUAUUGGGAGUUUCUGGCAUGGGUUUUAUUUGCAUAUGCUGCAAACUGCACUGUUAUUAAACAGACUGUUGACUGUUCUUCCAGUCACUGACUUGGACAACUGAUGUGACAGUAGUCACAACUUUCUUCUGGUUUCAGGAAUUUCCAUGGGAUGCAGAUCAUGCCACUGGAAUGCAUUUGAGUAAACGAUGAGUUCUGCAUUUCUCAGGAGUCUUCCAAUACCUUUGCUUAAUUACCUUUUAAUGGUGUUCUAAGUGAGCUGAUGUGAAACGAAUGGUCGUGGAUCAUGAGUGAAGAAAAAAGCUUUGGUGUAUCCCAGAAAAUGCUGUCUCCUUCAAGAAGUACUAGCAGCUGCUCCUCCAAGCAGGGAAGUCGACAGCAGGACAGCUGGGAAAUUGUAGAAGGACUCCGGGGAGCAAUGAAUUGUACCCAGGAACCACAGAAGCAGGAAGGCUGCUUGCUGAAAAAGAGGAAAUGGCCUUUGAAGGGCUGGCACAAGAGAUACUUCUUUUUGGACAGAGGGAUUUUGAAAUAUUCUAAAUGCCAAGCUGAUAUAGAGAGAGGGAAGCUUCAUGGCUGCAUUGAUGUUGGGCUUUCUGUCAUGUCUGUAAAGAAAUCAACAAAAUGUAUAGAUUUGGAUACAGAAGAGCAGAUAUACCAUCUGAAGGUGAAAUCUCAGGAGCUGUUUGAUGAAUGGGUAGCAAAACUUCGUCAUCACAGAAUGUAUCGUCAGAAUGAAAUCUCCAUGUUUCCUCAUGACGUCAGUAAUCUUUUCUUCCCUGUAUCUGCUACUGUGGACUCUGUCCCCGGUGUGUGUGAUUCUACUCCAAGUAGAAAGGCAGGCAGCUUGACCAAACAGAAUUCACUGUCAGCUGGAGGUAACUUGUCAUUUUCCUUUUCGAGUAAUGAGUCCAGGAUUCCAUCAUGGCUACAGUCUUCUGAAGACAUGGAAAAAUGCUCGAGAGAUCUCUCCACCUGUCACACACAUUUACUGGAAAUGAACCAGCUGUUACAGAGCAUGGAUGUUCUUCACAGGACCUAUUCAGCGCCUGCUAUAAAUGCUAUGCAGGUUGGACCUUUUGAAAGCCCAAAGAAGGAAAAGAGAACACAUAGGAGGUGGAGAUCCAGAGUUGUUGGUAAAGAGGCUAAAGGAACAUUACAGGUGCCUUCAGUAUUUUCUGCCCCUAUGAGACUGCAUGCUUCCAAUCCUAACUUAUCUACAAUAGAUUUUGUAGAAGAGAAAAACUACUCUGAUGGCUCAGAAACAUCAUCAGAAUUUACUAAAAUGCAGGAGGACUUAUUUCACAUUGCACAUAAAGUUUACUUCACCUUGAAGUCAGCUUUCAGCACCAUAUCUACAGAGAGAGAAAAGCUGAAGCAGAUGCUAGAGCAUGAUGCAUCCUCAUCUCCAUCUGCACAAAUAGUUGGCUUGAAGAAUGCCUUAACAUCUGCAAUAGCACAAAACACUGAUCUAAAAGACCGGUUACGCAGAAUACAUGCCGAAUCUAUGAUCCUUGAUUCAGCAUCUAAUGCAAAAUCAAGUCCAGAUUUGGUGAAGGAAAAUUCGAGAGAAGAAAGCAGAGGUCUGGUUCACCAGAUCUCCAAUGAAAGCAGACUGUCUAUUGCUGACUCUCUCACAGAAUUUUUCGAUGCACAGGAAGUCCUACUGUCUGCUAGCUCUUCAGAAAAUGAGGUAUCAGAUGAUGAUUCAUACGUAAGUGAUAUCAGUGAUAACGUCUCAGAAGAUAACCUAAGCAAUGACAUGGAGAAUGAAAGACAAACUUUAGACUGUAUUUCUGAAAGUGGAAUUGGAUGCCAUUCUAAACGGAGAACAUGUUUACCAGCUCCAUGCCCUAAUACUAGUAAUAUCAGCCUAUGGAAUAUCCUGAGAAAUAACAUAGGAAAGGAUCUCUCCAAAGUGGCCAUGCCUGUUGAAUUAAAUGAGCCACUUAACACCCUUCAGCGUCUCUGCGAGGAGCUGGAAUACAGUGAACUACUAGAUAAAGCAGCGCAUACACCUAACCCCUUUGAACGGAUGGUGUAUAUAGCUGCAUUUGCAGUAUCUGCGUAUGCCUCCAGUUACUACCGAGCUGGAAGUAAGCCAUUUAAUCCUGUUCUUGGAGAAACCUAUGAAUGUGUUCGUGAAGAUAAGGGUUUCCAGUUCUUUGCGGAACAGGUCAGUCACCAUCCACCUAUUUCUGCAUGCCAUGCUGAAUCUGUGAAUUUUGCUUUUUGGCAAGAUGUAAGAUGGAAAAACAAAUUCUGGGGAAAGUCCAUGGAAAUUGUUCCAGUUGGUACAACACAUGUAACUCUUCCAGCUUUUAAAGACCACUUUGCAUGGAACAAGGUGACAUCUUGCAUCCAUAACAUCUUAAGUGGACAAAGAUGGAUUGAACACUACGGAGAGAUCAUCAUCAAAAAUCUUAACGAUGACACUUGUUACUGCAAACUGACUUUUGUAAAGGCAAAGUAUUGGAAUCCAAAUGUACACGAGAUUGAAGGCAGUGUCAUGGAUAAAACUGGGAAAGUUGUGCAUCGGCUCUUUGGGAAGUGGCAUGAAAGUUUAUACUGUGGGACGACUUCAUCUUCGAACUGUGUUUGGAGAGCAAAUCCUAUGCCUAAAGACUAUGAGCAGUGGUAUGGAUUUACUCAGUUUGCAUUGGAGUUAAAUGAACUGGACCUGCAAACUAGGUCAUUACUUCCAUCCACUGAUACACGUUUUAGGCCAGACCAAAGGUUUCUAGAAGAAGGGAAUAUUGAAGGAGCUGAAAUGCAAAAACAGAGAAUUGAGCAACUACAGAGAGAACGACGGAAGGUGCUGGAAGAAAACAAUUUAGAGCAUCAGCCUAGAUUUUUCAGGAAAUCCAAAGAUGACUCCUGGGUGAGCAAUGGAACCUACAUGGACCUUAGAAAAGAACCUGGUUUUUCCAAACUGGACAAUCCUGUCCUCUGGUGAAAGAGGAGCCAAGUGAAGAUGUUCUGUGCUGUUUUCUUGGAUCUUAUUUCAAAGAAGUAUAUAUAAAUAUAUGUGUAUAUAUAUAUAUAUAUCUCUACACACACACAUAUAAUAUAUGUGUGUGGGGGUUGUAUGUGUGCAAGUGUGCAUAUCUCCAGAAUUGUGCUUACUUUAGGAUAUGAUAAUUCAUUUGUUUUCUCUACUCUAUUGCAAUGAUUGUUUGAAUGUAUAAAUACCCUAACUUCUUUUUAUAAAAUAUUUAAUAAAUAGCACUGAAUGUUAACAACUAGAGGGAAAAGAGGAGCUUUUACACUACUUUUCCAAGGUGUGUUGGUAAUGUCAGUUCUGCGUUAACUUAUGCCUUAUUGAGUUGCUUUGGAGACAGUAGCAUUGGCUUCUCCUAGCUGUGCUGAGAAAUGAGCGUAAGCCUUAGUAACUCAAACUCUAAGUAGGCUUCCACAGUUCAAUGAGUAGUUCAGCUGUCUCUGGGCUGGUCUAAAUUCCUAAAAAUGCAUUAUCAGUUGGUGCUGAAAUCUGAGCACGAUCCCUUGCUGCCUGUGGAAAAGAUUCAAAUAAGCUUUGGUUUCUAUUAGCUUUCUUACUAGCGUUAUGGAAGCAGUAGUUCUGAGCUUACUUCAGUGGAUUGAUGGCUGUAUAAGUGUACCUGGCUAAAUGCAGUGCUAGAAAUUCAGGAAUCGCCAACAUUUUCCACUGGGAAUCUUCAGAUUUAUAGCCCCCAACAGGGCAAGAGGAGGAGAUCUUUUGUAUAUAAUGGUUGAGCACUGACUAGAUGAAGCAGCUCUCUCUUUUUCCAGUAAGUAAUGUGUAUACAGAGCACAAAAUCCUGUGCUUCCAUAGCUUCAUUUGUUUUUAUUAACCUAAAAAUUGCAACAGAAAGUCUUUUUAAAAAGUAAGCAAACUGAUUGUUUUAAUCUAGUAUUUUUUUCUUAGUAUUUUGAUAUUUUCUACCUCUUCAAAAAUAAACAACAUAUUUAAGAUCUUAUAUUUAAAAAAUGACCAUCUGCCUUAUGGAGAAAUGUAUGGAAUUGUUGAUCUUCCUCUGUUUGUUUGUUAUGUUCAGAUAAAUAUUAAGUGUCUUGCACUAAAUCAAUUGCUUCUCUUUCCUGUAAUUUUAUACAUUUGGAUAGAUUUGCAAGAGUAUGAAACCAUAGGUCAAAAUAUACCAGGAAACAAAUGUAGCAGAAUUAGCACUUUUGAAUGAAGAUUAUAGUGAUGGGCAAUUUUAUUUAUUUUUUUUUCCAUGAAAUCGCAGUGCUCGUGAACUAAUUGCACUCCUGCCUAUCUGCAGCUCAAGCCCGACUCAUUCUUCAAGUCUGUUCUGUGUGUCUGUGACUCUCUGGCAAGAAAACACUUUUCAAGUUUAGAUCUAUAUCCACCACAACCCUCAUUUUUUUCUUACAUGCCACUUCUACAAUAGAAAAUACACCCUAUCUAUGAUAAAUGUUGUUGGCAUGUUUACCUGGCUUAUGACUGGAACAAAUGGACAAUACAUGCAUAAAGGUUGCUCUUAGAAGGACUGGUACCUUAGAAAAGCUUACUUUUUUUCCUUUCCUUUUUUUUUUUUUUUUUUUUUUUUUUUUUUUACUUUUUUUACAUCUUACAGCAUUGUUCUAAAGAAAACCCAUUAAAGCAGAUCCAUGUAAUAUAUGUAAUGAAGGAAGUACUACAAAAACUUCCAUUUUAAACCAAAUCCAUGGUAUCAGUUUGGAUGUAUAUUUAAAUUUUGUUUCCUGUUACCUUGAUGCUUCAUUGUCUUACAAUCAAAUGCUUCUUCGCCAUUAUUCACUUGGCCCAGGAACUCUGGUUCACUAUCGUUUCUGUAAUUUAUUACCAAAAAUGUUAGCAUAACUCUCUGUUUAAUGUGUCUUUUAAAGAUUCAGCUAGCACUCCAGCAGCUUACAGCAAGGCAAGGUUCAAGUCAGUAUGAAAAUAAAACCCAUGCUUUGAUUCUGAAGGAAAUCUUAACCUCUGGGGACUGUUUGGCUUUUCAAGGAAAAUGAGACUCUCUUCAUGGCUUGAGCCUUUCUGUUUUACUCUUGUAUUAUUAAAACUUGGCACAGAAAUGAGUGGAUAUUUGUAAUUAUCCUUGUUGCUGGUAAUUACCAUUUGUAUGAAAAAUUACACACAUUUAACAACAAAGGAGGUAGGAGAAAGGGGAAAAAAAAAAAAGCUUUUAAGAAAGGGAGUAAAAUUUAUGGAGGAUACAUUAAAUUUGCUCAUUGUCAUAUUUGGCAGCUAUUGUGAUUAUUGUCUGAUCUGAUUGCUGGUUUUGAAUUUUCUACAUAUGGAGUGGAUUUUCCCCUACUAUGUCAUAUGAGCUAAUAGUUGAUAGCUUUCAAAAUUUAAGGAAUAGAGGCAACAAGAGAGAUAAAGAACCGUAAUGCAUUAAAAUCUGUGGGUGUUAAACAAAAACUCAUUUAAUUUGGGGUGUUUGAGUCAUGAUUUUUGAGAAGUCAGACUGGUGCUGUUGUCUUGUAUCUUCCAAUCCAAAAUGUCUAAAAGACAUUUACUUAAUGACAGGGAGAAUUGGGCUGGGAAGUGCCUUAUAGAAAAUUGUUUCCUUUGACAAAAUUCCCGUAGCAGGAAGGCAAAACUCAGAAUUUUACUAUCUUCCUCUGUAAAAUAAUGCCCACAAAGAGCCUGGUGCAUUUUUUAGAUAAACAAAGGGAAAUUGUUUCAGAAGAACUCCUUUUGUAAAUCUGUGAUACGCAUCUGAAAACCUGGUGUAACCAGUUGCAAAUGAUCCUCUGACCCCACAUUUCCAACUACAAUAUAGUUGUCCCUGCUUACCUUUGUGCGAAGCAGUUGGUGUAGUUGUUAAGCUUCUGACAACUGUAUAUUAAGAAGUGGAAGAAAAAUGUCUCUGUUACUUGUGUAUUUCUAUAAAUAUAUAUUUAUAUAAUAUAUAUUCAUCAUUCACAAACCUUAAUACAAUCUAUAGUUAUUCUUGGUAAAAUAAUGACAUUUUAGUAAUUGUUUUCCAAAAACUUCAGCUGUGUUAGAGUGCCUAACUUACAUUAGCUUUCUGCAAUAUACUAAGACAUAUGUUGUUUUUAGUGACUGACAUUUAGAGCCUUUCUACCCUGAGUACUAGAAAGAAAAUAGCAAGCAACUUACUGCAUCCUUUCAUGCGCAGCAGUGACUCCCAAACUGUUCAGCUCAGUGGAUCAGUCCUAGAAUUUCCUGUUGACCAUUGCCUGCUGUUUUAGCACUCUUACUUGAUGACUUUGUAAACAUUACUUAAUGUGAUUUGGGGAGGCAGUUUGAGCACCACUCAUCGAGCUCUCCCUUCCCUCCUGUACCCCUUCACAAAGUGAAAAGCUUACUAUAAAUUUACGUCAAGGGGAUGGAGCAGCUCACGCCUUUGGGUGUUAAACCACUACUUAGUUUUCAAAUCAGCAAAGAGAGAGGAAAAAAAAAAAAUUAAAAAAAAGCCCGAGGAAAUAGUAAUCAUAGAAAUAGAAACCCACAGCUGUAUUCUCAAAUUUUCAGAUUUGACACUGAGGUUCUGAUUUUGGUGCAGAGAUUUGGUGUUAUGAAACAACAGGGUAACUUGUUUAGGACGCUACUCUUGGGAGGAUGAAAUGCUGUUUAGACUGAGUGGAACUAGACUGCACCAAUACUCAUUGCAUCCCUUUUCUAAUAUUUGCUCUCAGAUUUAUGCUUUAUGUGUUAGUUUGCCAACAUCUGUCAACCUUUUUGGGUAGUUUUUGAAAUACAGAUCCAGUCAAGUACUUAGGUUCUUCAUACAGAGCCUAGAAAAUCAGCUGGUCCUUAUUUGAAAGACCUGAAGCUGGGUUGCUGGCUUCUGUUAAAACCUGGCCCCUGGAGGAGGUGGCAAGUCAGUAUGAAAACAAACUUGGUCUUGGUGGUUGCAAACUCGGUCACCUUAUUUUUUGGCACUUUACUGAUUAAACUGUCCCUGAAGAGUGUCAGGCUGUUGAAGCCAGACCACUGGACAGAGAGGAACACAAAUUCACGGGGCCAGAACAUCCAGCCAGGGACAGCUUUGAGGUUGGACAAAGGUUCAAAGCUGGUCUUAAAUAAAUGAAGACCCGGCCCCCCAGUUUCACUCAACUGUUUACAGUGCUGUUAGGCUUUCUGUGUGGCCCCCUCGUAUCUUAAAGUCCUUAUUCAGUGUCCCAUUUUCUCUUUAUUAAAAAAUAAAUAAAUCCCAAAGAAUAGUAAAACAUCCCACCCUAACAGGAUUUCAAAUGACAAAACAUGCCUAAAAGCUGCAGUUACAAAUUUCUUCCACAAACAUCAUGGUCUAUUUCUGUACAUUUUCCUUGACUUUGUCACAGUUGUACUCUGGAGCCAGACCACAGCCCGGUAAGGGUGCUGCAGAAAUAUCCAGCUACAGCUGCUCAGCAUAUUCCUCAUUAACAUUCUCGCAUCUGCUUUGUAUAAAUCUGUUCUAUUGUGUCUCUAGAUGAUCAGCUUUGCAGAGCAGGACAUUUUCAGUGUAUCUUAUUUUGUUCAAUACAGCUUUUUUUGUACAUUACUCAUACAACGGGGAGGGGGAUGGAGGCAAGCUGAAGAGUACAAAACCUGGCCUACCAUGCAGAUAAAAUAGCGAAGGAUGAAACCCCAAUUUCUCCACAUAACUGAAUGCAUCUUGCAAGAGUUGGAUGGUCCUAUUCAAAAGAAUGAAGCUAAAAUGAAAGGUUCUUUUGGUACUGUUUUCAUUCAUGGAUUUUUGCCUACUAUAAAUCAAUUUCCCAGUGUUUACUAACUCAUCCUUUCUAUUUUCUAGCUACUGGUGGGUGCAACUUACUCCAGCAGCUGUGAGUUGUUAAGAAAUUGCAAAUGUUAUCUGGCUUAUCUAUUGAAGUUUAGUAACUGUAACUUAUCACCAAAUAUAUUAUUGAACUGCUCAGUUCUUAGGUACUGUUCUUGCUGCAGCUUUUGAAAGCAAUAAGAAAAAAUUUCCACAUAAAUAGUCGCUGUAUGUUAAAAAAAUAAAUAGGUGGUGUGUUUUUUUAAUGGAAAUUGUUGAUAUGGUGUUACUGUUGUACAAAACAAAACUGUAUUAAAGCUUACGGGAAUGUUUUGGAGAUUGAUCCACAUGAGAUGAUGAGCUCCUUGAGCUCCGUAUCUUCGAGGCGUCUAUGAGAAUAUUUGGUACACCUGAGAAUCAGGCAGUCUUGUAUUUAUGUUGAGUGUUUUACUAGUUUCGGUGUUGGAAAACACGCCACGUGUAUGAGGUAUUACAUAUGCAAAGCUGCUAAAUGUUGAAAUUGUUGUUUGUUUUGAUAGGGCAUUAGUGAUUUCAGGAUGAAGAAGGGUAUCGUGUUAGAAUUAUCACUGACUUUCAGAUUUUUGAGAAAAACUGCUGUAGUCAGGAUCACUCCUGUUUUCUGCAUUCCUUACUGCAAAAAUUUGUAAUACUGUUGGAGCACCUUGACGUGCAAUUUGAUUUACUUCUUUGUCUCUGUAACCAAUUUAGUUGGAUGUUAAUAAAUCAGACUUGCAAAAGGUCA